AUGUUUCUGACGGUCAAGCUGCUCGUGGGCCGGAAAUGCAGCCUGAAGGUGUCGGGGCAGGAGAGCGUGGCCAUGCUGAAAAAGCUGGUGUCCGAGCGGCUGCAGGUGCCCGAGGAGCGGCAGCACCUGCUCUUCCGUGGCCAGCUUCUAGCCGAUGACAAGUGUCUGUCUGACUACUGCAUCGGGCCCAAUGCCUCCAUCAGUGUCAUCGUGCGGCCCCUGGAGAACACGGUGCCCGAGGAGGCCCUCCAGCCCCAGCCUCUGUGGCACCAGCUGGCCCAGGUCCUCGCCAAACACUUUGGGCCCCAGGAUGCCAAGGCAGUGCUGCAGCUGCUGAGGCAGGAGCAUGAGGAGCGCCUGCAGAGGAUAAGCCCGGGGCACCUGGAGCAGCUGGCCCGGGACCUCCUGACCGGGGAGCCACCAGUAGAGACUGCAGAGGACAUGGAGCCUGAGGCUGUGGCCUCGAAGCCCGCAGACGAGCAGGAGAUCGAGGAGGAGGAGAAGGCUGAUCAGUAA